GGAAGUAGCACCGGAAGUGAGGUUGAGGAGCCAUCUGUAUCUUUUGGCCGCCAUAUUGCCCUAAUCAGUGGGAGUGAUACUGGAAGUGUGUGACAAGGAAAAUAAAAACACGCACAGCUGAAUUCUGGGAUUAAAUGGAAGGUGCAAUGGCAAGUCCAGGAAAUGAAAAUUAUCGGAUGAAGAGUUACAAAAACAAAGCCCUGAACCCGCAGGAGAUGCGACGGCGCAGAGAGGAAGAAGGCAUUCAACUCCGCAAACAGAAGAGAGAAGAGCAGCUAUUUAAGAGGAGGAAUGUGUCUGCACCAUCAUGUGACGAGUCCAUGCUCGAAUGUCCCAUCCAGGAUCCAGACAUCAGCUCCACAGUACCUAUGUCCUCAGAUGCAGUUAUAACUCCAGACAUGGUGCAGAUGAUCUUUUCUGAAGACGCAGACCAGCAGCUUCUCGCCACACAGAAAUUCAGGAAAUUACUCUCCAAAGAGCCGAACCCACCCAUCGAUGAGGUCAUCGCCACACCUGGUGUAGUGAGCAGGUUUGUAGAGUUUCUGAAGAGGAGUGAAAAUUGUACACUGCAGUUUGAAGCAGCCUGGGCUCUGACAAACAUCGCCUCCGGAACGUUCCUGCACACUAAAGUGGUGAUCGAAACAGGAGCUGUUCCGAUUUUCAUUGAGCUGCUCAACUCGGAGUAUGAAGAUGUGCAGGAGCAGGCUGUGUGGGCGCUUGGAAACAUUGCAGGAGAUAACGCAGAGUGUAGAGACUUUGUCCUUAACUGCGGAAUACUCCCUUCACUACAGCAGUUACUUGCAAAAUCUAACCGUCUCACCACCACUCGGAACGCUGUGUGGGCUUUAUCAAACCUGUGCAGAGGUAAAAACCCUCCACCAGACUUCAGCAAGGUUUCUCCCUGUCUUAGUGUUCUCUCUAGACUGCUGUUUAGCAGUGAUCCAGAUGUUUUAGCAGAUGCUUGUUGGGCACUUUCUUAUCUGUCAGACGGACCGAAUGAGAAAAUCCAGGCCGUGAUCGAUUCAGGAGUGUGUCGCAGAUUAGUGGAGUUGCUCAUGCAUGGUGAUUAUAAAGUGGUGUCUCCUGCACUACGGGCUGUGGGGAACAUUGUGACUGGAGAUGAUAUUCAGACUCAGGUGAUCCUGAACUGUUCAGCAUUACCCUGUCUCCUUCACCUGCUCAGCAGUCCUAAAGAGUCGAUAAAAAAAGAAGCAUGUUGGACCGUUUCAAACAUCACUGCAGGGAAUCGAGCGCAAAUUCAAGCAGUGAUCGAUGCCAGCAUUUUCCCAGUGUUGAUCGAGAUUUUACAGAAAGCAGAGUUUCGCACCAGGAAGGAAGCAGCAUGGGCCAUAACCAAUGCUACCAGCGGAGGAACACCAGAACAAAUCAGGUACCUGGUGUCUCUAAAUUGCAUUAAGCCUAUGUGUGACUUGCUGACGGUGAUGGAUUCAAAAAUUGUUCAAGUUUCUCUAAAUGGCCUGGAAAAUAUCCUCCGUCUGGGGGAGCAGGAAUCCAAACAGAAUGGCACAGGCAUUAAUCCAUACUGUGCGCUUAUUGAGGAGGCCUACGGCUUGGAUAAGAUCGAGUUCCUGCAGAGCCACGAGAACCAGGAGAUUUAUCAGAAAGCAUUUGAUUUAAUUGAGCAUUACUUUGGUGUGGAGGAAGAAGACGCUACCAUUGCCCCUCAAGUAGACCAGAACCAGGACCAAUACAUUUUCCAACAGCAACAUGGACCCAUGGACCGUUUCCAGCUCUAAGUAUUUCCAUCCCUCUAUCUCCAUCCUGCAUCCUGUACACACACAGUGGAGAAAUACAGCUUUACUUCCUGUUGGAGUUCUGAGCUCAUACAGACUUUCUUUCUGUCUCUUCUAUAUACACCACUGUGUGUAUAUGUGUGUGUGUAUAUGUGUGUGUGUCUAUAAAUAGACACACACACACACACAUAUAUAUCUUUACAUCCCUUAUGAAAUGUGAAGCUACCUCUUUAACCUUGUACCUGUCAGUAUGAUGCUGGCACUCAAGUCGUCUCUCUGAAAUACAAACUGCUCUCGUCACCUGUAUCCACUUUACAGGACAUGCCUGGGUCGGACACACCAGUGUCGGAUAUGCCCAUAUUAUUCAUGCCCAGAUUAUUGCUAUUUUGUUUUACACUAAUUCCUCUCUAAACAUCUGUCCUCUUUUUCUCUGCAUUAAUUAAUUUUUGGAUAUCAAAGUAAUAACACAAUAAGUAAGAUGCGAAAAAGUGUGUGACCUUUGAAAAUAUAAACAUUUAAUUGGCAGUAAAUUUUGUGUGAGUGAGUGAGAGAUAAGAUCAAGAGACAGAAUAGAGAAUAGAGUGUAGUGGUAUUUAUUAAAGCUGAUGUGACUGUGAUGUUUUUUGUAUGCUACAGUACAAUUAUGCUUUAAGUGAAAGUUUUUAUUCUGUAUUUCUCACCUUGAUGAUGUCUUUCUCUCAUGCCCACUUAAAGACCUCUCACAAGCAGGCACUUGGAACACAAAGUCACUGGUGAACACCUGGCAUGUUCAUGAGCUGGUUCGGGUACAGAGCCAUUGCCGGAAAUUUAUAGAGACAUUGAAUCAACUCCUAAUUUGUCUAAUGCAGAGCGAGCACUGUUCAGUCGAGGCAAUGUACAAUGACAGGUUUUAACGUGGCUGCCAUAGGAAUUGGACCAGGGUCUGUUUAAUAAUGUUAUUGAAACACUGCUCCAUGUUGAAUGUGUGGCAUCCCUGGAAAAUGAUCUGAAUAAUUAAUGAAUAAACUAUGAAGUUUCUCCACAAUGUAGAAUACUAAUGCUGGACUUUUUAUGAAGCAUGCUAAUGGAGAAAUUGAGUUUUUUUUUUUUUUUUUUUGGUUUUGUUUUGUUUUUUUUUUGUUUUUUUGGGGGGGGGUAAGUUUUAAACAUUUUUCCUUAUAAAUGUUUGCUUUUGCGUUCUUUAGCAUGCUCUGUUGGAUAUUAAUGACUUUCAGUUCACUGACCAUUAAGUUUGGCCUAACGGAGGCAAUUUGAGCUAAAGAGAUUAUUACAGAAGCACAUACAGUACAAUGCUGUAAUAUUUCUCAUGUUUGUAUGAUGCUUUUCAGGUUGCUUUGUUCUCCUCAUCAGGGAACGUUGGUGUCGGUUCAGAUGUGCAGCAUAAAGGACAUCAGAAUGUUGAAAUUGUAUAAAUAAUAGAGAACAAAUAAAAUGUUCUUGUUCACUC